UACACUGAUAGGAAGCCUGUGAUAUCAUCCCGCCUUGCUGACACUCCCUGUGCUACCCUCGGCAUUGGGGGCCUCUUGGAUCAACUUAACACGACACUCAGAACAUCACACAGCCUUGACACGCCAUCCCUCUCCUCCCUUCUUGAAGAAUGCAUUGCAGAGAACUGGGACUUUGGCACAGCAUAUAGCUGCCUCCGCCGGAUAUGGUACACUGGCAACUGGAGUACUAUACAAGACAGAUUGCACAAAUGGGAAGAGGAGCACUGGGAGAGGUGCCGAAAAGCACUCGUUGGUAACCAGAUUGUCUGUCCAUAUCAGCCACAACCUCGACGUGUCUCGAGGUGGAGUCUUUUGCCAAUGUCACAUGCUUGGAUGGAUGAGAAGGAUCGUGUCGAUGUGGGAACACCCAUCAACAGAUAUGAAUGGCCCGUUCCCAUCCCGAAAGACACCAGUCUCAACCUUGUCUGCAUUGAGAUGCUCAAUAUCAGUCCUGGAGUGGAGUAUGCGUGGUUGGACGUUCUCUGUUUGAGACAGAAGGGUGGACAGAGGGAGGAUAUGCGGAUGGAAGAAUGGAAGCUGGAUGUGCCCACCAUCGGAAAUGUGUAUGCUUGGGCUCAUGUGGUGAUUUACUUGAGUGGGUUGGGUCGGCCUUUGAGUUUGAAGGAAGGCGACUUGGAGAGUGAUCGGUCUUGGUUUAGACGUGCUUGGACACUACAGGAGGUUGGCGAGAGCAGGAUGUUUGCUGGGGACACGCCAGAUGGACCAAUGCAUGCUGAAGAUAAGGACGGGAAGUAUGAGACUGAGCUACUGACCAGGUUUCACAAGCAGCUGCAGUCUAUGGAUCGCACUUUGAUGAAAUAUGGGUUUGAUGCACUGGGGGACAUGCAGAAUCGGGUGUCGACCAACCCCAUGGACAAAGUUGCAGGACUGGCAUUUCGUCUGCUGUGCAAGAGGAUACUGGCAUACUAUGAGAGUGCGUCUCUCGAGGAAGCAUGGACAGCACUCGUGACUUCAAUGAAUGCGAAACGUUGGGGAAGGAUGUUCAUCUUGUACCCUGAACUGGGCAAUGCAGGCAGAAAAUGGAGACCAUCGUGGGACCAGGUUAUGAUGAAGCAUGUGCCUGCACAUCCUUACAACCCCGAUAUCGGCAUUGAUCAGGAUGAGGAGGUAGAUGAAGACUCAUGU